AGCUCUGACUCUAAACAGAAACUUAACACAGCCAGUCAGCAGCUGAAGACGCUGCAGCUCCUGUGUUAUUUAUUUAUGGUGUUUUCUAAACACACUUUGGGGGAAUAGUCAGGGCUGGAAUUCUCUUAAUUCUUGCUGUAGAGGAGGCUGAUGCAUGACUGAAGCAUGGAGACUUACAGCACAGUCCAGUUCGACCCCAAAGAGCACCAGCAUCUGCGCUAUAACCCCCUGCGGGACUCCUGGGUGCUGGUUUCAGCUCAUCGAAUGAAGCGUCCCUGGAAAGGACAAGUGGAGAAGCCGCCUGAGGACAACGUCCCACGCCACGACCCCAACAACCCUCUCUGCCCCGGGAGCACCAGAGCCAACGGCGAGGUCAAUCCAGAGUAUGACAGCACUUUCCUCUUUGAGAACGAUUUCCCAGCGCUGCAGCCAGAUGCUCCAGACCCUGGUUCAGAUCAUCACCCACUGUUCCAGUCUAAAGCUGCUAGAGGAGUUUGUAAGGUCAUGUGCUUCCACCCCUGGUCUGACAUCACUUUACCCCUGAUGCAACCAGAGGAGAUCCGCAAGGUGAUUGACAAGUGGGCGGAGCUCAUUGAGGAACUGGGCCCCACUUAUCCAUGGGUGCAGAUCUUUGAGAAUAAAGGAGCCAUGAUGGGCUGCUCCAACCCUCAUCCUCACUGUCAGGUUUGGGCCAGCAGCUUCCUGCCUAAUGAACCGGCCCUGGCUGAGCGCUGUCAGAGGGAGUAUUUACAGAAACACGGAGAGCCCAUGUUGCUCCAGUACGCUCGCAUGGAGGCUCAGGCACAGGAGCGUCUGGUGUUGGAGAACGAGCAUUGGCUGGUAGUGGUGCCUUAUUGGGCAACGUGGCCUUUUCAGACCCUGCUGUUGCCACGAAGACACGUUCUGCGUCUCCCUGACCUCACAUCCCAGGAGAGAGACAGUCUGGCAUCCAUAAUGAAACGGCUCCUGACGAAAUACGACAACCUUUUUGAGGUCUCCUUCCCGUAUUCAAUGGGCUGGCAUGGAGCCCCGACAGGAAGCCACCUGAAAGAAGACAUGAGCCACUGGCAGCUCCAUGCCCACUACUACCCGCCCCUCCUCCGCUCGGCCAGCGUCCGCAAGUUCAUGGUGGGGUACGAGAUGCUGGCGCAGGAGCAGCGGGACCUCACACCUGAGCAGGCUGCUGAGAGAUUACGGGGGCUCUCUGAGGAGCACUACAAGAUCACAGCCAAGGAGGGACAAGCGGGUUUGUAAACGGAGUGAACUGAGCAGAAGAGAGGACGGACUGGAGGACGCGCUGCAGAAGAUGAACAGCUGAAGAAACUUGUUAAUAAAGUGUUAGACUUCAUAAGCCUUGGCUCAUGAGUCGUCAAGGAGUUUCCAAGGUUACAGUACGAGUCAAAAGUUUGGAAACACCUUCUUAUUCCAAGUCUCAUUCAGUGUUUUUAUGUUUAUGAAAUGAUCCAGACUAUGAAGGAACACAUAAGGAAUCAUGUAGUAACUUUAAAGUCUUAAACAAAGCAAAAUACUCUGUGCAGAGGAAUUUAGGUGCUCUUAUCUGGGGAGCUGCUAACUUGCGGUUUCUGAGGCUGGUAACUCUGAUGAACUUAUUCUGUGCAACAGAGGAAACUCUUGCUCUUCCUUUCCAGGGGCAGUCCUGAUGAGAGCCAGUUCCAUCAUCACAUUCUUGAUGGUUUUUACCAUUGCACUUGUGGAUACGUUCUUGAAAAGUUACUGAAUUUUUUAAGAUUUAUUUUUGCCAUAAUAUGGAUUAAAACAUUACUCAAAUAUAGGUAUUCACUCUAUAACUGUAACUCUACCUCUUCACAACUUUACAACUGAUGCUCUCAAACAAGUUUUUAAGGGGCUGAAAAAAUCCAGCCAAGAUGUGCAAAGCUGUCAUCUAAUCAUCAUUCCAAAUGUCUUCAACAUAUAAACAAAGAAACAUAUAAAUAAAGAAAAAAACAUUUUUAACGUAAUUAAUUUUUAAACAUAAUUAAGAAGGUGUCUCCAAACUUUUGAAUGGAACUGUAUUCCUGGUAUACACAACACUAUGAAUGAAUGUUAGAGGAAUGUUAUAUGCUAAAUAUAAAAAAUAUAUAUAUAUAUUGCACCCAGUAUCAAGCUUUGCUCUAACUCAAUGCUCAAUUAUUCAGAUAACCUUGCAACUUGAGCCAUCUCUACGAUCAGAAUUGAACUUUAUUCACAAGAUAGCACCUCACAGCUUACCUACAAAACCUACAAAAGUGUGGCUUUCCAACUUACCACCUGAGGUAACACUCCAUCCCCAGUUCACAUAGUGCCGUCCAAUGACUUUUGGCAUAUCUUUAUAGUUCCCUAUUAGUUUCUCUUUGAAUAAUGGGAUAAAUUGUAUCUUUUAUACUGUAAAACUUUGUUGAUUCACUCUUUUUCUACUUGGCACUGUACAAGCAGUGUAUUUAACCUCGGUCACAAGAUAGUAACUCACCACUUAUACCUACAGGUGUGGGCAUUCCUAACUCACCACCUGAGGUGAUCAGUUCACCUCUUUGUGAUCAGUUCCCAUACUGCGGUCCAAUGACUUUUGGCAUAUUAGUUUCUCUUUGUAUGAUUGGAUAAACUGUUUUUUUUCUACUAUUGAUUUACUUGGCAGUGUUCCAAAAUCAGGAAUGACAAUGUUCUGACAAAUUUCCACUAAAGUGGGGAAUAAAGUGUGAACUCCAUGCUCUAAUGAUCAAAUUCUUGAUGAAUUUGUGUUGCCUUGGCUUGAGCACACUGUACAAGCAGUGUAAAUUUAACUUUGCUCACAAGAUAGUACCUCCCAACUUAUACCUACAAAAGUGUGGCUUUCCCAACUCACCACCUGAUGUAACACCUUGUGAUUAGUUCACAUACUGCUGUCCAAUUACUUUUGUCAUAUCAUUAUACAGUAGUUCCCUAUUAGUUUAUUUUUGUUUUAUGGGAUAAACUGUAUCUUUUAUACUUUUUUUACUUGAUUUUUUCUACUUGGCCGUGUUCCAAAAUCAGGAAUGACAAUGUUUAGACAAAUUGUCGCUAACGUGGGGAAUAAAGGUAAAUUAAACUAAUCUAAUCUAAACUGCCAAUUCUCUGAGUCUUACCUAAAUGAUGAGCAACCUUCUCAAAUAUUUAUUAAUGGCUAAUCGGCUGUGUUCGGAAUUGCUCAUCAAUAAAAAGAGGGUUUGAACUCCAUGCUCAAUUAAAUUCUUGAUAAAUUUGUGCUGGCUUGCCUACAAGCAGUGUAUUUAACCUUGCUCAAAAGAUAGUACCUUACAACUUAUACCUAUAAAAGUGUGGAUUUCCCAACUCACCACCUGAGGUAACUCUUCAUCCUCAGUUCCCAUACUGCUGUCCAAUGACUUUUGGCACAUUAUUAAAGUUCCCUAUUAGUUUCUCUUCGAAUUAUGGGAUAAACUGUAUUUUUCAUACUGUAAAACCUUUUUGAUUCAUUCUUUUUUCAACUUGGCAAUGUUUCAAGAUCAGGAAUGACAAUAUGUAUGCAGUAAGCCAAAAACAAAUUUCUAUGAAAGUGGGCAGUAAAGUUAAAUUAAACUAAUCUAAUCUAAA